AUGCGAACACCUUCUCCAAGUUCGAAACAGCAAGUCGAUGGGUUAACAGAAGAUUCGGACUCGGAAGCAUACGGGCUUCAGCUGCUACAAUGGGUAGCUUCCGAAAUACAGUAUCAAAGCCUCUCGAAAUUGAUUGUUCCGGUAGCUGUGGUUGCUAUUCCCGAUCCCAACUCUUUAAUGGUCACGUCAAAUCCACGGCAGAACUCGGGAGGGCAUCUCAGUUAUGAUCCUUUUGCGAAGAAACUCCCUGGGUUAGGUGCGGCCUUGGAUCAAUUUAGGACGAUAAAGUAUAUGGAUCUCGGAGCAGUAGACGUGUUGACGAGUCCCUUGUUACACGAGCGACUUCCCAGCCUUGCUGUGCAUGCAUACCGAGCCCAUAAGGAUGCUUCCAAGGAGCAGAGAGCCUUAUUGGAACUGAAGAGAGGGCGCAAACGAUCAUGGGUGGGUGUGGACGAUUCAAAACCAUAUGCAUACUUACGUGAAGCUAUGGUAUCAGGUUUAAUGGAUGGAAUAUGCAAGAUCGGAGGUGAUGACGAACCAUUCGGCCCAGCGCGGAUAGCUGUUGCACUAGAUCGCAGCGACAAGAUAGCUGCAGCUGUUGGGUCGUGGCACUUUUCGGCGCACGAGUUCACAGAUGAUGAGCUCCUUCAUGCAGCCUUACUAAUGUUACAACAUGCACUCGCGAUGCCAGAACUUGAGAGGUGGCGGAUAUCGACAGAGAAUCUAACUGCAUUUCUGGUAGCAAGCCGUCAGGCAUACAAUGCCUUUGUACCCUACCACAAUUUCCGCCAUGUCGUCGAUGUCUUGCAAGCAAUAUUCCACUUCUUAGUCCGGCUAGGCAGAUUGCCACCGUACCCAAAUUCGGCAACCCCGUCUCAUCCCGAACCUUCACCUAUUGCCGCUCUCAUCAGACCUUUUGAUGCCCUCACGUUAUUGAUCACUGCUAUUGGCCACGAUGUCGGCCAUCCCGGCGUCAACAAUGCCUUCUUGGUCAAGCUCAAGGCUCCGCUAGCUCAGUUGUACAACGACAGAUCUGUUCUCGAAGCCUUCCACUGUGCCGCCUACUCGCAAAUAUUACGGCGUCACUGGCCAGUUGCUUUUCAGGACCCGGAUAUGCGGCAAUUGAUGAUCAACUCGAUACUUGCUACGGACAUGCAGCUUCACUUUGAUUAUAUGAAGAAACUUGGGUUUCUGCAGGAAAAGUUGCAUGAAAGUGGGAAUACUGAUGGUUGGAAUGGGAGAAUGGUCGAAGAACAGAGAACUCUUGCUUGCUCUUUACUGAUAAAGUGUGCAGACAUUAGUAAUGUGGCUCGAAAUUACGAUGUUGCCGCUCAAUGGACGAUGAUUUUGACCAACGAAUUUGCCCGCCAAGCAUCCAUGGAAAAGGACCUGGGAAUAGAAUCCGCCCUCUUUGCAGCUCCGGUUCGAGAAAUUAUUGAACUUGGGAAUUCGCAAAUAGGCUUUAUGAACAUGUUCGCCAUACCUUUAUUCCAAGGAGUCACGGACGUCAUGCCAGCAAUGGGGUUUUCGGUUGAUGAACUACAUAUGAAUAAGUCAGCUUGGUUGGAGAAGAUUAGCGAGGAACAGGCUAGAGCGAGACGGGAGAGCGAUGCUUCAGCGAUGAACGAUGGCAUGUUUUCCCCACGUUCGAUGAGCGUGGUGACUCCUUCUGAUGAGAGUCAGCAGCAGAAGAGCGACUCGAAUCUUAAGUUUGCGGCACUACUAGAUUCGAAAUUCUCACCAAGUAACGGUGUUUUGGCCGAGGAUGAAGAAACGCAUCAUUCCAUGCCAGAACUCUCACUCACGCGCUCAAGACCAAGCCAGCUCCAACUAAGCCACGGAACCGCUAGUACCCCUGCCAACCUGGACCAUUUUACCAACCUUCCCAACGGCGACAAUCACCUCAACGGGAUCGAGGUAAAGCCCUCUAUCGUCACCGACGCUGUUGUCGUGCCAUCGGAAUCCAGCUCCAGCAAACCACCACAACGCAGUAGUGAUGGCACCGAAGCAUCCAGUUCCGCAGCUGGUGACUGGGCUAGCCAAGCUACCAGCGCAACAACGAGCAAGAUGCCGUUAUCGCCCAGCACACAAGGAACCAGCAUUAUGAGCCGAGAAUCAAACGACGAUAAAGGUCUGACACCAACGGGGGGCAGUCCACAGGCCAGCACAUCGACCGCGAUGCCAAGUGUCAGUCCAGAGUCACCGAAAGGUGCAAUGCUAGAGAAAGUACGAAAUCUUAAGAAGAAGCCGUCUCGAUUCCGCAUGGACAAAUUGAAUUUCUGGAAGAGGAGUAAAAGCACCAGUGCGGAGGAAGAACAGUUAUGA